UGUCAAUAUUUCGACUCUUCGUUUUUAUUAGACGAAGAGAAGCUUUGAAUUCUUAGCUUAUUUGACAUUUUUAUUAUACGAUCUUAUCCAUAUUGUUCAUGGUACACAUUUCUUUCUUCCAAUUCGUCUAUAUAUAUAUUAACUUAAAAUCGCUAUCGAUAUUUUCGAUUAGUUUAAAUUAGAAGCUCCCAAAAACACGUUUUCCCAUCUUAAUCCAAUUCCAUGCAGCCAAUAAUUAUUUUUUAGUGUUCACCUUUUCGAUUUUCUGAAGAGUCAUAUUUACCCCCUACACUUGUCUAUCUAACUAAGCCAUUCAAUUAAUUACCAGAAUUUUCUCAAGUAUAUCCUUUUUUAUCAAUGACUUAUUCUCUUCUAUUCAAACACUUAUAAAAGCAUUACUCACUCCUCUUUUUAUUUUUCUGUUUCGAAUUCCAGUUUUUAUUCGAAUAUUCUCGUGUCAAAUAGCUGUUUUUAAUAAGCACAACGAAUUAAUUGUGGUUUACUUAGGAAAAAAAAAAUGUCUGGCUUUCGCAGAAUGAAGAGAGUUACUGACCCGUUAGAUGAAAAAAUGAAGGCUCGAAUCGUUGGCAGUAGCGGCAGUGAACACAGUGCUCAUGCUGAUGAUGAUGAUAUUGUUUCUCCUAGUUUCUCCGAUCUCGUUUUCGGUGAUUUGGAAAAUAAUGCCGGAGAUGAAACUCCGGAGAAUGAUUCAGAUUCUGAGCUUGAUGUAUCAAUGUGUGAUUCAAUUGACAGGAUUGAGAUAAUGCCCAGCCCUGUUUUCCGCAGCGAAUUCGAUUUGUUUCGGAAUGUGAUUGUAUCCUGUGCAACGAAGGGACUGGAAGUGUUUUCGUGCUUUAAGUCGAAUAAAUCGAUGCUCCAGAGGAAUGUAAUGGCGUAUCUUAGGAAUUUCGGUUACAAUGCGGCGGUUUGCAAGACGAAAUGGGAGAAAUCCGGUGGACUUGCUGCCGGAAAUUAUGAGUUUAUUGACAUUACGCAAUCGGAUUCCACUACUCGUUACUUCGUGGAUCUCGAUUUUAAAGCAGAGUUCGAGAUCGCAAGGCCGACGAUUCAGUACGAACGGUUAGUACAGUCGUUGCCGAAUAUUUUCGUUGGUAAAAGUGAAGAGCUAAAGCAGAUUUUGAGAGCAAUGAGCGACGCCGCGAGACGAUCGUUGAAAAGCAGAGGCCUCACGUUUCCCCCAUGGAGGAAACACCGGUUCAUGCAGAACAAAUGGUUCAGUUCGUACAGAAGAACAACAAACAUCAUACCGACGGCGAACUCGCCGGCAUGGUUCUCACCGGCAAAGGAAACGAAUGCGGCAAAAUGCCGAACCGUCGGGUUUCACACUACCGCCGUGAAUGGCUGCCUGUUGUUUCCCGCGACAACUCGUACUAGAUGAUUAGAUAGCAAUAAUUAAUCAAAUUUUAAAAUAAUAAAGUAAUAGAUCCAUUUAUUUGAUUAAAUGAAAAUACGAAUGUAAUAAUUAAAAAGCCAAUUAAUUCGUUUUCGAUAUUUUAAACAUUUUAUUA